GUUUGAGAAGUGAAAGCCGAGCUUACAAAAUGCACCGUAGGGUGCGGUCUGUCCUGCGGGGGCCGUCCGGUCCCGGCGGGGUGGGUAGUUGCCCCCGUUCUGCCCAAGCCCGCGGCCGCCCCGGGUCAGCUCCGAGGACGGCCCUGGGGGGGUCUGGGCAGGGGCUCCGGGGCCUGGAUCCUGCGUGUGCCCUGAGUGAAGGCCAGCCUUUCCCCACACCUCACACACUGCGGGCAGGGGCGGCUCCCUGCCCUUCAGUCCCAAGCGCCAAGGUGCACUUCAGCCCUGGCCUUUAGGGGCACUGACCCCCAGACCUCCCUCACUCUCUCACUUCUGCUGCCCCCUGCUCUUGGGUGGCAGGGGUCCCACCCCAGCUUUCCCUCACGGCCCCGGAACCCCUUCAGGUAGCCACCAGUCUCCCCCAGCUCUGUGGUCAGCGCUGCUGAAAACACUGCCGGGCCAGACUCAGGGGUGCACCAGGGCUGCCCAGAGAUGGGGCAGUUGUGGCCAGACAGCCUCCCUACUGUGCCUGCUGUGCUGACACAUAGUUCCCAUGGCAACUGGGUGUGGGGGCCUGGGGAAGGACUACCCACCUCUGGGCCUUGUGCUGCUUUAUGCAGAAGCUCCCAAGAAUCAGGGCUUGGGACUCACUGAGGCCCGGCUCUGCUGAGGCCUGGGGUCGGGGAAAGGCCUCUUGAGCACCCUCACUGCUCCUGGAGGAAGAUGGAGGCACUCACUGGCCCCACAGGUGCAGUCGGCUCCCUGGGCCAGUGAGCUGCACGGCGGUGCUCAGUGGCCACACACAAGCGCACACAUUCUAGCAUAGUUGGGCAGAUGGCCUCAGGUGACAAAUAUCUUCACCCUUCCUCGGAUUUUAAAAUAAACUGGACUCAGCAACUGCUGCUUCCAGAAUCAAAAAUAAGUGUCUCUGGGGUCGAAGGUGGGGCCAGAGAGCUGAUGGGGGAACCACGUGGCAGUGAGUUCCAGUGGGAGGGAGAUAGUGACCAGUGGAGAGCACACACACAUCACCCCCUCCCAGGGAAGCCCCCUGGAGCCUGGGGACACCCACCUUGGCCCAGGACCCAGCCUGGGAUCUGGGGAUGGGGUGGGUUGGUCCCACCUGGCUCAGGACAUUGGGGCUGCUUGCUGACUCCCUGCACCUGUCAGAGCCAGCUGUCCCUGCCGACUCCCAUAUUCUCCUGGGAGCCGGGCUCCAUGGCUAUCUUUAGUGCUGUACCUCAGACCCUGGCUGGCCCCAGGAACCCUCCUCAGGGGCUCUGCUGGCCCUCCUGGCCUUCCCCUCGUCAGAGGCCUUCUGAGCACAGGACCCACAUGCCUCCCCACUCCUGUAGCCCAGCCAGCCAGGUCCCUCCAGGUGUCAGCUAGACCCCACUCAGCUGGGAGCCGUGGGAUCCCCAUGCUACGUGCAGCCCAGGGCUCCAUCUGGCGGUCCUCUCGGCAGAGCCCCUGGGAGCCUCAGGUCUCUCCAGGUGGAUCGUGCGUCCCCAGGCUCUUCAGGGUACCCAUUGUCCUACACUCAUUUGGUGUCGGCAAAUGGUGAGCUGGCCCUGUGAUCUCUGUGGCAGCACCUCAGGGGCGCCAUGUGACUGAGGGCGUGUGCCCCCAGGGACCUCCGUAAGGCUACUGCAGCUGCCCCCACCCAGGCCGGGUCCCCUCCCCAGGCUCUGUCCAUGGGCCCAGGGCACAGUGGGAAAACCAGGCUGAGUGCUGGCCUGGGCAUGGCCCAUCUGGGUGGCCCUCCAGCUACAUGGCAAACAAGCAGUAGCUCGCUGCCGUGGGGGUGGGAAGCGUGGCCCCAGCACGAGUUGGGGUCCCCGGGACUUCUCUGCCACCAAGACAGGGAGGUGAGGGCACAUAGGACAUACUUGGGGAACGCUUGGUGACUGGCCACCAGGGCCACUUAUGGCGACUGCAAAUCUGGGAAAGGCGCCAUUUUUUCUGGUUCCUGCGGCGCCCGGGCCCUCGGCCCACAAGCUCCUGGGUGGGGGCAAGUGGGGAGGUAAGUGGGAAGCUGGGGGCCCUGCUGGGCGGGGCAGGAUGGGGGCAUCUGAGUCCCCGCCGACUGCCAAAGCUCACGCUGCAGUUGUCCGGUCCCCUGGGUGCCCUGAGCCUGUCCUUGUAGGGAAUGGCAGCCAGCGUCUGUGCUGUCCUGGGGGACUGGGCAGGAGCUUAAGACAGGCAACCUAGACAGGGAGGGCACAGACCAUCCCAUCCCAUCAGGCAGACUGAGCAUGGUGAGUGUGCACAGGCAGGCAGCUGGGGGUGUGGGUGUGUGUGUGGGGGUGCACGCAUGCUCUUACGUGUGUGUAUGUACACAGCUAAGUUUGUGCACCUGUGUGUGAAGGUGGAUAUGUGCUGGGGGCUGGGGCUGGGGGAGAUCUGGGCCCCAUGGCUGCCCCAGGGACAGUCGGGCUAGAAGACAGAGGGUCUUGGCCUUCUCUCUAGCCGGAAACCAGAACAUGCCCAUGCACCUGCUGGCCACCUGCAGUCCAUCUGCUCCCUGGCCACUCAGGAGCCCAGCUGGCUCCUGGCUGGACUACAGGCCCAGCAGGGAGAAAUUCAAGACAGGCGCCAUGUUGUCAAGGUCUCUUCAGGGCUCCCUGUGCUCAGCAAGCACUGUACCUGCCCCAGCCUGGGGACCCAGGGCCCAAGUGCCAUGGCCCACCCAGCCUCUACAUAGUCUCCCCAAAGCCUGGCCCGGGGACCUUCAGUCUCGGUGUCCUCGUCUCAGGCCAGCAGGAAGACCAAGAAGAAGGAAGGUGGGGCCCUCCGGGCCCAGAGGGCGUCAUCCAACGUCUUUUCCAACUUCGAGCAGACGCAGAUCCAGGAGUUCAAGGAGUGCAGCCAGGCCAGCAGCCAUGACCCUCGGCUCUUCACAGGCCUUCACACUGAUGGACCAGAACCGAGAUGGUUUCAUUGACAAGGAGGACCUGAAGGACACGUACGCCUCCCUGGGUAAAAUCAACGUCAAGGACGAAGAGCUGGACGCCAUGCUCAAGGAGGCCACGGGGCCCAUCAACUUCACCAUGUUCCUGAACAUGUUUGGGGAGAAGCUGAGCGGCACGGAUGCUGAGGACACCAUCCUGAACGCCUUCAAGAUGCUGGACCCCGAGGGCAAAGGCAGCAUCAACAAGGACUACAUCAAGCGGCUGCUGAUGUCCCAGGCCGACAAGAUGACCGCUGAUGAGGUUGAUCAGAUGCUGCAGUUUGCGACCAUUGACGCGGCGGGCAACCUGGACUACAAGGCGCUGAGCUAUGUGCUCACUCAUGGGGAGGAGAAAGAGGAAUGACCGCUCGGCCACACGUUGGAGCCAUGAUCAAAUCAAUAAACCUGAGCCCACACG